GUUGGAAAAUUUUGAGAAAUCUCUGGAUGAAAAUCUGGUCGGAUCUUGCUUUGUGCCUUGUGGGACUGACUUGAAUACAUACCCCAUCUCCAUUUCUCUCUUCCCUCCUCAACUGUUAGACAACACACACAAGAUCCCUACCCCCCCCCCCUUCUAUAGAAAAAGACGCAAGCUUUUUUCCUUUCACCAUACUUUUCUUUCUGCCUCCCAUCAUCAAUCCUUCUGCUUCGUUCCUUUUUCUCUAGUGCAAUGGGGAUGGCAGCAGCAGAUGCUCAGUUUCAUGUUCUAGCCGUUGAUGAUAGCUUGAUUGACAGAAAGCUGAUUGAGAGGCUUCUCAAGACCUCUUCUUUCCAAGUCACCACCGUUGAUUCUGGUAGCAAAGCUUUGGAAUUUCUUGGUUGGCAUGAUGAUGAUGAUGAUGUUGAUGUUGAUGUUGAUGAUGAUGAGAGAAACAACUCAAAUGAAGCCUUUGUUUCUCCCAAGAAUCAUCAGGAGGUGGAAGUGAAUCUUGUUAUUACAGACUACUGUAUGCCUGGGAUGACAGGCUAUGAUUUGCUCAAGAAAAUGAAGGAAUCUGCAUUUUUGAGGAACAUACCUGUGGUCAUUAUGUCAUCUGAGAAUGUCCCUUCAAGAAUCAACAGGUGCUUAGAAGAAGGAGCAGAGGAAUUUAUCCUGAAGCCAGUGAGGUUAUCAGAUGUGAACAAGCUUAGGCCCCAUAUUAUGAAGUCCAAAUCCAUAUGCAAGGAUAUUAUUCAAAAGCCUGAAAAUCAGGAAAAGCAAGACAACAAUGAAUCAACAGAAACCCAAUUACAGUCACAGUCACAGCCACAGCAAACAUCACAGUCCAAUAACAACAGUAGUAACAAGAGGAAAUCCAUGGAUGAAGGCCUCUCACCAGACAGAACAAGGCCUAGAUACAAUGACAUGACUGUCAUGUCCAAUUAAUCACUACCAAAUAAUCCUUUUUUUUAAUUUUUAUUUAAGACCUUUUAUUUACCUUUUUUUUUAAUU